GGAGUAGGAUUGAAUUUGAAAGUGAUAUAAAGGUGUUAAUAAGAGCCACCAUCCUUAAAUUACUAUUCAUUGGCCCCAUAUUUUUCUGGUCUACUACUACUACUACUACAUAUUGAUACCAUAGAUUCAAUGUUUUGGACAAAACCUUUCUCUAGGCACCUUCAGACUAAGCCAUGGCGUUCCCAUUCUUGGAAGUAGUUGUUGGUUCUAUGAUAUUGAUGUACAUAUUUGAAACUUACUUGGAUUUGAGGCAACAUUCAGCACUCAAACUUCCAACACUUCCUAAAAAUUUGGAAGGAGUAAUCAGCCAAGAGAAGUUUGAGAAGUCGCGAGCCUACCGUCUUGAAAGAAGCCACUUCCGUUUUCUUUGUCAGUUAGUGAGAAUACUUGUGGAAUCAGCAAUUUUGUUCUUUAAGGUUUUGCCUUGGUUUUGGAAGAAAUCAGGACACUUCGUAGAUUUAGUUGGCCUCAACGAAGAAAAUGAAAUACUACAUACCCUUGCAUUUUUAGCUGGUGUGAUGAUUUGGUUAGAGAUCACAAAUUUACCAUUUUCUCUCUACUCCAUAUUUGUGAUCGAGGCCCGUCAUGGUUUUAAUAAGCAAACAAUAUGGUUAUUUUUUAGUGACAAGCUUAAAGGAAUUUGUCUUUCUGUUAUUCUUGUCCCACCUAUUGUGUCUGCAGCAAUUUUAAUUGUAAAGAAAGAAGGUGCUUACUCGGUCAUUUAUCUGUGGGUGCUCACGUUUGUUCUUUCUCUUGUGAUGAUGACAAUCUACCCUAUUCUAAUAGCCCCACUCUUUCACAAGUUCACCCCUCUUCCAGAGGGUCAGCUACGAGAGAAAAUUGAGACGCUUGCUUCAUCCCUUGAGUUUCCGUUGAAGAAGCUGUUUGUGGUUGAUGGAUCCAAAAGGUCAAGUCACAGCAAUGCCUAUAUGUAUGGAUUUUUUAACAACAAGAGGAUUGUCCUCUAUGAUACACUGAUUCAGCAGUGCAAAAAUGAUGAGGAAAUUGUAGCUGUUAUAGCUCAUGAGCUAGGCCAUUGGAAGCGUAAUCACAUAGUGUACCUUUUAAUUGCCAACCAGAUCUGUGCACUUCUAUACAUUGGGGGCUAUACUCUUGUGAGGAACUGGAGUAGUCUGUUUCAAAGUUUUGGGUUUCAUACUAGACCACUAAUCAUUGCUCUCAUCAUAUUUCAGUAUGCAAUAACACCUAUUCAAAAUCUAGUAUACUUUGCUGGUAACCUUGUGAGCCGAGCUUUUGAAUAUCAGGCUGAUGCUUUUGCUAAGAAACUUGGUUAUGCCUCCUCGAUUCGAGCCAGUCUGGUUAGGCUACAGGAAGAGAAUUUGUCAGCUAUGAAUAUUGAUCCUUGGUACUCAGCAUAUCACAACACUCACCCCACGCUUGUUGAAAGGUUAGCUGCAAUUGGUCAGACGGACAAGGAGGAAUGCAGUGCAUGAUGAGCCAAAAGAUAAUAAUGUAACUGUAACUGGGUAAAGUUAAUAGAGGAUGAUACUAUACGGUUGUCUUUGCCUAUUUUAUAGUAGUGCUAAUUGCGAAUAUUCGAGGAUUGUAAGGGUGUCUUUACGUUGUUGAAUCUCUCGAGAAUAUUAUAUUUCAUCUCCUCUAUAUAUUGAAAAAUCUCAAUUUCAUUGUUCUAAAAGGGAAAAUUCUGUAUACAUAUGAUGUG